AUGGACUUGGAUCACCUGGACCUGAACCCCAGAGUCAUCGCCGCAGUUAAGAAAGCCAAACUGAGUUCCCCGAAGGAGGUGCUGCACUUUUCUGGACCCGACUUGCAGAGACUGACUGGCCUCUCGGGCCCUGAUUUGCAGCACCUGCUGCGGACGGUCUCCUUGCACCUGCGGGGAAGCAGCGCCGUCACAGCACUCGACCUGCACCUGCAGCGGGACCGCUUCCCCGAGCAGCACCAGCGCCUGAGCCUGGGCUGCCCGGUGCUGGACAGGCUCCUGGGCGGCGGGCUGCCUCUGGAUGGCAUCACCGAGCUGGCCGGCCGCAGCUCGGCCGGGAAGACCCAGCUGGCGCUGCAGCUCUGCCUCGCUGUGCAGUUUCCGCGGCGGUUCGGGGGCCUGGAGGCCGGGGCUGUGUACGUCUGCACGGAGGGCGCCUUCCCCCACAAGCGCCUGCAGCAGCUCGUCGCCCAGCAGCCGCGCCUGCGGACGGACGCUCCGGGCGAUGCCGUCGAGAAGCUGCGAUUUGGUGACCACAUCUUCAUCGAGCACGUGGCCAACGUGGACGCGCUGCUGGAGUGUGUGAGCAGGAGGGUGCCUGUGCUGCUGUCGCGGGGGUCGGCCCGCCUGGUGGUCAUCGACUCCGUGGCGGCCCCGUUCCGCUGCGAGUUCGACGGGCUGGCCUCGGCGCGCAGGGCCCGGGCUCUGCAGGCGUUGGGGGCCACGCUGCGCCGGCUCAGCCAGGCCUUCCGGAGCCCGGUGCUCUGCAUCAACCAGGUGACGGAGGCCACGGAGGAGGACAGAGCGGCAGGACCGCCAGGGGCCCCGGGGGGGCGCCUCGCUCCGGCCCUGGGCAUUGCCUGGUCCAACCAGCUGCUCCUGAGACUGAUGGCCGACCGGCGCCGCCCCGAGGAAGCCGGGCUGGGCCGACCGGCCCGCACCCUGAGCGUCGUCUCCGCCCCCCACCUGCCCGCCUCGUCCUGUUCCUACACAGUCGGUGCCGAGGGCGUGCGAGGGACACCCGGAACCCAGACCUGCUGA